AUGCCUUCGUCGUUCUCCAAGCCGGCUUUGGAUCCUACUUCGUCGCCUCCGCAGAAUUCUCCUUUGAUUCAAGACAGCUCGGAGGCUGAGCGCCGGCUUCGUGAGGCGGAGGAGAGGCUACGCGACGCCAUGACGGAGCUUCAACGCAGACAGCGUUCCGCGGCGCGUGGAUCUCACGGCGAGCUAUGCGAUCACGCGGACGUCUCCUGCGUCGCCAAUGCUAUCGGCAAUCUCUGCCAGAGCUUCCUCCUCUCGUAUGGCGUUAGAGUUGGGAUCGGAAUCCUCCUCCGCGCUUUCAAGCUCGCUAGAGGGCAGUCUUAUUCAUCGCUUCUCGAUCUGAAGCAACUUGUCUCCGAAAAAGAUUUGAUAGUUAGGGAAGAAGCAUGUCGUAUUGGUCUACUUUUUGGUGGCUUUACGGGAUCGUACCACGCCCUUAGAUGCUUUUUGAGGAAAUGGAGGAAGAAGGAGACACCAUUGAAUUCAGUCUUAGCAGGUUCAAUUGCGGGUUUGUCUGUCCUGGCUUUAGAUGACUCCAACCAGCGCCGCACACUUGCUCUAUACCUCUUGGCUAGACUAGGCCAGGCGGCUUACAAUUCCGCCAAGUCGAAAAACAAAUUCCAUCUUUGGGGAAGCCAUUGGAGACAUGGAGAUUCCUUACUCUUUUCUCUAGCUUGUUCACAGAUUAUGUAUGCCUUUAUAAUGCGUCCUGAAACCUUACCAAAACCAUAUAGAGAAUUUAUUCAGAAGACCGGUCCAGUUGCGAGUCCGGUUUACCAGGCUGUGAGAGAAUGCUGCAGAGGUGGUCCAAUCGAUGUAGCCUCCUUAUCAGCCUAUAUCUCCAGCAAAAACGAAGCAAGUGACGUGAAGGUGGAAGAGUUUGCUUCCAUCAUACCUUGUUCAGCUAUUCAUCCAAACACUAACUCAUGCCUGGCCCAAAAUGCUAAUGCAAUGUCAGCUACAUUCAAGAAAACAUUCCCAUUAUACUUCUCCUUGACAUUUGUCCCAUAUGUUGUCCUACACUUACAAAAGUUCGUGGCUUCUCCUUACCAGACAUCUUGGCAUGCAAUCAGAGAUUCAGUUCGUUCGACUUCCUUCUUGUCUGCUUUUGUUGGCAUUUUUCAGGCUUUCAUAUGUACCCAUAGAAAAAUUACAUCUAAGGACCACAAACUCGUUUAUUGGUUCGCGGGCGGUGUAGCAGCACUUUCGGUUUUGCUGGAGAAAAAACCGAGACGAACCGAGCUGGCUCUAUAUGUUCUUCCUCGAGCUGGAGAUUCUUUGUGGGAGAUACUCGUCAACCGCCACCUUCUUCCCGAUAUUAAAAACGCAGAGGUGGCUUUAUUCUGUGGAUGUAUGGGAGGAAUUAUGUACUAUCUAGAACAUGAACCCGAUACACUGGCUCCGUUCCUGAGGGGACUUAUCCGUCGGUUUCUUGCUAGUCAGAUAAGCAAUCCGAGCAGCAAACUCCGUCAGAGUUCUUCUUAUAUGUAUCUCCAGACUCUAGAUGCGUUGGAGAAGCCGAAAACGCCUGAGAGCCGAGAUAGUGAAACUCAAAAAGCUGAAGAAAAGUACAACCUCGAGGCAAUUCCUGGUCUUUAG